AUGCAGAAUAGAAAGUUGACUUCUGGAAGGCCCUCUGGAACUGAUGGCUCCGAUUACUCCUACCGUAUGGUAGUUGAUUCAAGGUAUCAACUAGUUGCAAAGGGGAAGAAACGCCUCUCUCUACACUUUAUCACUGAGGCUGUGUUGCUAUUAAUAGGAGCAAUAUUUGCAUAUUUACCAGGAAUAAAAGCAGAUACUCCAAAUACAGUUGCCUAUUCAUCUGUAUUUGUUAGUGUUGUUUCACUAAUCAUUGGGAAUAUAGGCCGAAGACGAAGCCGGUCCGGUUUAUUGAGAUUUUAUGCCAUUGUAUCAUCUAUAGCAAUGCUUCUCAUGACUGCUUCUCUUGCUAUGCAACAUCUUCUGCUGAAGGCUAUCCAGGAUUCUAAACUUUGGAGAACAGGGAAGUAUGAUGUCAAUGAUCUAUCGCAUUUUCAAAUUGGUUUGCUGUUAUAUUUAGUCACCGUAUCGGUGCUCAAGCUUUGUACUGUCAAAGCAGUGGUUUCCCUUCUUCUAAACAUGGCUCCACCCAAGAAAACCUCUUAG